UUAAUAACCGCGCGUUUUGCCGCAUUUUGUUGGGAUUUUCUGAAUUGAAUUGAAUGUGAAUUAUCUGGCAUAAUGGCGGCCCUGAGCAAUUUGAAACAGUGCCCGCCGUUUUCCACGCUGCCGGAUCUGGCGCUGCGGCACAAUCACAUCCCGGAGCUGGAGCGCUACCCGCAGAUAAACCUGAACCACGAACUCCUGGCCCAUCCGGCUGGUCAGAGAUUCUACGGCGGCCAGAGCUUCGUGCCCGUGGACGAGGGCGUUCUGAAGCGUAUUACCCGCACCUUCUUCGACGGCGGAUUCUGGGAGUCGCUGGAGGAGGCGCGCAGCCCGAAGAGCCGCGAGCAGGCGCCACUGAUUGCCCAGGCGGGUGACCUGAUUGCCCAGAUUUUGGGUCUGGCCACCGGGUUGCGGCUGAAGAUCCUUCCGCACACCCAGGAACUCAGUGCGGAGCGCAUAGCGCAGUUUGUGGAGACAAGGGAUUGGCUGAACAGCGAUGUGCGCUUCCUCGCCUGGAACUGUCACUUCUUCAGCCUGGCCGUGGCCGGCGUAGACGAUGUGGUGCGCAUAUACUUCAAGAAUUCCAGCGCAGCCACCGCCACUGUUUUGAAAAGCCCCUCGCAAACGCAGAUCACAUGCAUGGCCUGGCGUCCGCUCUGCUCCGCGGAGAUAGUGAUUGGCUGUCGGCAGGGUCUAUGCUUCUGGGAAGUGGACAGCAGCCUGCACUUGGGACGCACCAAUGCGCCCAGCAAGGUCUUCAAACAUCCCGCCAAUCUGCCAAUUACCUCGCUGCAGUGGAACAAGGACGGCACCCAGCUGGCCACCGCCUCGAUUGGAGAUCGCUCCAUCAUCAUCUGGCAGCCGGACAACGGAAUGAUGCAGCCACUCAAGCGCCUGGGUCCGCCGGGAUCGCUGCUCAAGUGGUCGCCGGAAAACGACUGGCUGUUUGCGGCCACCGUGGACCGGGUGUUCCGCGUGUGGAACUGCAACCAGCAGUGGACCACGGAGCGCUGGGUGUGCGGCCCCGGAGGCUAUGUGCAGACAGCCUGUUGGUCGCCCUGUGGUCGCUUUCUGCUUUUCGUAAGCAGCGCCGAGCCAAUCAUCUAUCGCCUGCAGUUCGUGCAGCAGAGUCUGCUCUCGUCCUCGGCAGAUGAAAAGGAAAUCCUGCCCAUUGCGGAUCUGAAUGCCUGCAGCAUCGAUGCGAAUCGCACGCUCAUCGGUGGUCCCGCCCAGCAGUUGGCCUGGGAUCCGCACGGCAACUACCUGGUGGUCACAUUCAAGUCGACCAACUGCAUCGCCGUCUUCCGCACCUUCAUCCAGAAGUUCGAUCUACAGAUAUCGGCGGCCUACUAUCUGAGCGGGGAAACGGCUACUGAGCAUCCCAGCUUCAUCUGCUUCCAGCCCCUCUACAAGGACAACGAUCGUUCCGUACUGACCAUCGCCUGGUCGUCGGGUCGCAUCCAGUACUACGCCUUCGACUGAUCCCUUAGCUUAGUACGUUUUCAUUGUAAUAUUUUAUUUGAUUUGGUUUUUUUAAGCGUUAAUACACAGUUAAACAGGA